AUGUCUGCAUCGGCACCUCUCCCUCUGGGAGACUUCUCCAAGAUCCCUGCUAUCCCAGGUGUAUCUCCUAUGACAGACUCGCAAAAAAGAGAAUCAUUUUGGUCGUCGAACCCUAUCUUCAGCUACUUGAACUCUGUUUACAACAACAUUCAUGCUCACAGACAGUCCUUGGCUCUAGUCAACCCGGGCACUAUUGAGAACCUGAACAAGGAGGUGUCACGCGAUGUGCUUGUUGGCCAAUAUUUCUUCACAGGUCUGAGAGCUGACCUAAACAAGGCAUUCUCCCUGAACCCCGCAUUCCAGACAUCGCAUACUCUGUCGGUCGGGUCUGCCAACUUGCCAAGCUACGCUUUCUCUGCUCUUUUCGCGAACGAUAACAUGUUCAUCCAGGGAAACGUCGACAACGAGCUUUCUGUCUCUGGUAGACUGAACUAUGGCUGGGACAAGAACAACAUCACCAAGGUUACUCUUCAGUUCUCGCAGGGCCAGCCAAGCAUGUGCCAGCUGGAGCAGGACUACCAGGGUUCCGACUUCUCUUUGAACUUCAAAUCUCUCAACCCCUCCGUCAAUUCGAAGGGUAUCUUUACCGGUGUUGCAGUUGGUUCGAUUUUGCAAAGUAUUACCCCACAGUUCGCCCUUGGUUUGGAAGCCAUUUUUAGCAGAGGCCAAGCUGGCAUGCCAGCUGAUGCUGCUGUCUCCUACGUCACCCGUUACGUUUCCCCAAAACAAGACUGGAUUUUCUCCGGCCAGCUGCAAGCUAAUGGUGCGCUAGUCGCAUCUUUCUGGCGUAAGGUUGCUGAAAACGUCGAGGCUGGUUUGGAAACCAGCUUGCAAGCCUCUAUGGUUCCAAUCGCCGACCCGGUUAUUGGAACCCCAAUUGGUAUUCAGCCCGCUAUCGAAGGUUCCACCACGUUGGGCUGCAAGUACGAAUACAGACAGUCCGUCUUCCGCGGUGCGAUAGAUGUCAACGGUAAGGUUGGCUGCUUCCUAGAAAGAAAGAUUCUGCCUACUUUGUCAGUUUUGUUCUCUGGUGAGAUCGACCACUUCAAGCAGGAAAGCAAAUUGGGCUGCGGUCUACAAUUUGAGACUGCUGGUAGCGAAGAACUCUUGAUGUUGCAACAAGGCUUGGACCCUAACGGCAAUCCUCUACAGGCCCCUGUGCAAGUUUAA